AUGCGGUUCUUGUCGACCUUCCUCCCACUCCUGGUCUUUGGGGUCCAGACCGUCCUUGCAGGGGCUAAACUACCCAAGGUUGUUCCUCCGCAACUGCCAAGCAAUGACUCCUUCUACAAGCCCAAGGGCGACUGGCAAAAGAGCAAACCCGGAGACAUUUUGGACUCCCGAGAAGUCAACAUCAGCUCUCUGCUCCCGUAUGCCCGGAGCAAGGCCAAAGGAUUUCAACUGCUCUACCGCACCCGCGAUGUCCACGGCAAUCCCGACGCGACGGUGACUACCAUCAUCGUCCCCAAGUUCGCAAACUAUAACCGGGUUCUCUCCGUCCAAAAUGCAUACGACUCCGCCGAUGUCAACUGCGGUCCCUCCUACGGCCUCCAGUGGCUGGCUUCGGGCUUCGGUGCGUCCUGGAACAAGCUCAACUUGGCCUUCCUGAUGAACUUCCUCCAAGCCGGUCCGAUCAUGAACAUCCCCGACUACGAGGGCUCCAAUGCCGCGUUCACCGUCGGUCCGCAGAGUGGCUAUCAGACUCUGGACUCAAUCCGUGCCGUGUUCAACUCGGCCAAAUUCACCAACGUCAAUCCCGAUGCCAAGGUCAUUAUGUUCGGAUACUCCGGUGGUGCUUUUGCUACCGAGUGGGCCACCGAGAAGAAGGCAGAGUAUGCGAAGGACCUUCCCAUCAUUGGUGCUGUUAUGGGCGCGCCACCUCCCAAUGUCACCAGCACGUACCUGAAUGCUGAUGGUAGUGAUAUGGCCGAGCUGAACGUUGCUGCCUUGCUGGGCGUUAUGAACGCUUAUCCCGAGAUCAACGCCACGCUUCGUGCGAAUCUUACCGACGACGCGGAACAGCAACGACGUUUCUUCUUCCCUUUGCACAAGUGCGGUGGUGGCGAAUGCAGUCAGCUGGGCACUCCGCUCGCUGGCUCCAACGUCGGCGAUUUCUUCAAGAAUGGCUCCUUCUUCUUGGAGAAGUACAGCGAGACCCUGAAAGAGAUCGGAGUAAUGGGGCAGAACCUCACGCCCAAGAGCUACCCGGGCUAUCCGCUUUUCAUCUUCAACGGUGAUAAAGACGAGCUGACCUAUCCUAUCGAUGAUACGAUUCAACUGGUCAAGGACUGGAGAAAGAAAGCCUUCACCAGAGUGUGCCACCUGACACUUGAGGGCCUUGACCAUACCACUGCAUUGAGGGGGCUCCCUUACGCUUGGUCCUGGAUCAACAAAAGAUUUCUCGCAGUUGAGCACGGUUUGGGGUUGGUGAAUCUUUGCAAGUUCAUCGGCGCUGAUCCCGAUGACGGCUGGCCUCGUCCUCCCAAGGAUGGAAACCCCGAUGAUGGAAAGCCUGACGAGGGUGAACCUGAUGAGGGCGAGCCGGAUGAAGGUGAACCUGACGAGGGUGAGCCAGAUGGGCGUGAGCCUGACGAGGAUGAACCGGAUAAUGGAGAGCACGAGGAUGACUUGAUUAUUGCAGAGUCGGAGAUGGAUGAGGCGGAGACGAUGCGGCCUUUGCAUGACCUGUAG